UUUGUCUUCUCUUUUCACACAACUAAUUCAAAAUUAAUUAUAUGUAUAAAUACAUUUCUACGUAUUUCAGGUAGCUUUUUCUCUUCAGAGAAGCUAAAUCGACAUCUAUGGAAGAUAGGAAUUUGAUUUCUGUGAAAACUGUGACCAAAAAAAGUUGUAAAAAAGGUCAACAACAACAAGUAGCUGUACUUCAUACACCUACUUCACAAUCCUCUGCUUCUACUUCAACUCAAACUGAUCCUUCAACCAUGAUUAAGACGGUGGAGCUGGAAAGGAAAAAGAUGAUACCUAAAAAGCCUAGAAGUGUUAAAUCUAAGCCGAAGCAAGUGAAAUCUAAUAAUCCCAUAAAGGCUGAGAGGAUUAAACGUAAAGGGACAGGAAAGCGGACAAAUAUAAAUGACCUUUAUGAUGACGUUGAAGCUAAAUAUUCUGUUAUGGAGCGAGCAGAAAGGGUUUUAUCAAGCCUAGCAGAUGAAUUUCCCAGCUUUGCAAAGUGUAUGCUCCCUUCAAAUGUUGCUCAUGGAUUUUGGCUGCAUCUUCCAAAGUCAUUCUGCAACAUGCAUUUACCGAAUCAUGAUACCAGUGUCAUUUUGGUUGAUGAAUGGGGCAAUGAGUUCAGGACAAGUUAUCUUCUAGGAAGGAAUGGUUUAAGUGCUGGUUGGAGAGGAUUUUCCAUCUCUCACAGACUACUUAAAGGAGAUCUUUUGAUUUUUCGCUUGAUUGAACCUUGCAAAAUGAAGGUAUAUAUAGUCAGAGUAAAUGGUCGAGAGGUAGUUGAUGCAGCUCUUUGCCUCAUGAAUUGGGAUACUUUGACGAAGUCAACAGAAUUUGAUCUUGUGCGGGAAGAUAAAAGGAAGCGAAAGAAAGCAAAGCGUUUGGCUGAGCCUUUUUUGGUCGAUUUAUCUAAACCAAAAGAGCGUGUUCACAAUGACAGCCAUAGUAUUAUUGAUUUAAACGUUUCACCUUCAGAGCAUCAAUGCGAAAAUAACAGUGAAGAUUUGGGUUCUGAGGUUCUGGAAGGUUCAGAUGUUACCAACCGCUUGCAAUCUAAUGAAAUAUGCUGCCCCGAAACAUCAUUUUUACAUGAUAAUAAUCCUCACAACAGCGUAGCUUGUAGGUAGAUGGCGGACUCUUCUGACCAUUCGUUUGAACUAACAAGUUCUAUCAUGUGAAGAAUUACGACAAACACAACUUAUAGUUACCUCGGAGAAGAAAGUUUUUGAGCUGAAGCAUUUGAUGAGCCAUAACAUAUAUGGCAAAGGGCUGAAAUGAAGCAGAAUUUGACUCAUCAAAGUGAAGAUCUCUUUUGGAUGUAUAAUGAUUUUCUAUUAAAAAAGUUAUAUUUUAAUACGUUUUGUCCUAUAGGUUUGAAAGAUGUAAUUUUAAGAUGAUAGCGUAUGAUAUGUACACUUUUUCAUAUUUGUACAUAGACGCAAACAGGAAUGUAGUUUGCAUAUCUGCACAACAGUAUUGAUCAAUGGAUUUCCUUUAUUCA